CUUCCUAUACAUUUAUUUUCCGAGCACCGAGCCCGUCGACUAUCUUUCUCUCGGGACCGAGCCGGACUUUGUAAUCUAUUUCCAAUACGGGAUCGAAGGGGGAAAGGGAGAAGAUGACGACGAGGUAUCGCGUUGAGUAUGCGUUGAAGACGCAUAGGAGGGAUCAAUUUAUAGAAUGGAUUAAGGCGCUACUCGCUGUGCCUUUUGUGCUACACUCCCAACCGACUGGUGUCUUCGAGACAGCAAGCCACUCUGUGGAGCAAAUGGCAGCUGUGGCUAGUCGAAGAUACGAGGAAAUUAUGCUUGAUGUAGAGCAGAUGAUCGAUGACCAUAUUGAACACCAAAAGCUGGGCACACAAGGCAACUCAAAGCUAAAGCUUCUCGUCCCAAGUAUUGGCACUUUCUUCACAAGAUUGCCUUUAGCCGCAGCGUUCAGAUAUCAAGACAAAAAGCGUUUCAUCUCAUCAAGACGUUUCGUCCCACCUUCUUUCAAUGAUGUUCGUCUGAUACUGAAUACGGCACAAUUAAUGGGCGUGACAACAGCUGGAAACUUGGAGCUGGCUACCUUUGAUGGUGAUGUUACAUUAUAUGAUGAUGGAAAGAGCCUGGAAGCAGAUAACCCUGUUAUCCAAGAAAUUAUACAGCUCAUGAGCCAUGACACCAAAAUCGGCAUCGUCACAGCGGCAGGAUACACGGAGGCAGAGAGGUACUAUGGCCGUCUCCACGGUCUCCUCGAGGCUAUCAAAAGCUCUGAUCUGCUCACGAAUACUCAAAAGCACAAUCUCGUCGUGAUGGGUGGCGAGUCAAACUUCCUCUUUAAAUUCUCCAUGACAAGUCCCUAUCUCCUCACUCACCUCUCCCGUCGCUCCUGGAUCUUACCCAGUAUGUCAACUUGGACCCAAGCCCGUAUAACCUCUCUCCUCGACCUCGCCGAGUUCUCCCUGAAAGAAUGCGUCACCAACCUCUCACUCCCCGCCACCAUCCUGCGAAAAGAGCGUGCCGUAGGCAUUAUCCCGAAAGUAGCCGGAUAUAAAUUUCCUCGAGAGAGUUUGGAAGAAACGGUCAUGGUGGUACAGAAGAAAUUGGACAUGAGCGAAGUUGGCAAGCAAUUGCCAUUCUGUGCAUUCAAUGGCGGAAAUGACGUUUUCGUCGAUAUUGGAGAUAAGAGUUGGGGUGUAUUAGUUUGUCAGAACUACUUCGGGACAUUGCAUCACGGGUCUGGUCCUGCUUCGAGGACCCCUUCUCCUUCCGUUACCUCUAAUGAACAUGAGCAGGGCAAAGAGGAACGGGUCAAGAUUGAAGGUGAAAGAACUCUGCAUGUGGGAGAUCAGUUCCUUAGUGCGGGAAGCAAUGACUUCAAAGCUAGAGUGGUUGGAACUACGGCUUGGAUUGCCAGUCCGGCCGAGACCGUCGAGCUGUUGGCUGAGUUGAAGGAGAUGAUCCAGACGCAAGAUGAGAGGAGGAGAGGUGAAGGCGAGGCGAAGAUGACGAGAGAUACGAUUAACUUUAUAGAUGAGCUUUUUAAGAAUCAUCCGAUGAAGGAUGUUUGAGAUUGUUGAGAUAGAAAGCGCUCGAAUGAGGGACGAAUUGCUACGGGUUAUAGAUAGAUUGGCAUCGCAAGGAAUGGCAUUGGCGAGCGGAGUUACUUUCAUGAUGGCGCUAUCAAAAUUGCAGAGUGUACUUUCAAAUGACCAAAUCGAAAGACU